AUGGCGCCUUCGGGGCUGAAGGCGGUGGUGGGGGAAAAAAUUCUGAGCGGAGUCAUUCGGAGUGUCAAAAAGGAUGGGGAGUGGAAGGUACUCAUCAUGGACCAUCCGAGCAUGCGCAUCUUGUCCUCCUGCUGCAAGAUGUCAGACAUCCUGGCUGAGGGCAUUACUAUCGUUGAAGACAUCAACAAACGGCGAGAACCCAUCCCCAGUUUGGAGGCCAUUUAUUUGCUCAGCCCCACGGAGAAGGCAGUGGCUGGGAGGCUGGGGCAGGGCUCUGGAGGGGCAGGGCCAGGCUUGGCUUGGACAAUGGUCUGCCUCCCCCAGUCAGUGCAGGCCCUGAUAGCAGACUUCCGGGGGACUCCGACCUUCACCUACAAAGCAGCACACGUCUUCUUCACCGACACCUGCCCCGAGCCCCUGUUCAGUGAGCUGGGCCGCUCCCGUCUAGUCAAGGUGGUGAAGACGCUGAAAGAGAUCCACCUGGCCUUCCUCCCCUACGAAGCCCAGGUGUUCUCCCUGGAUGCCCCCCACAGCACCUACAACCUCUACUGCCCCUUCCGGGUGGGGGAGCGGGCACGGCAGAUCGAGGCACUGGCCCAGCAGAUCGCCACACUGUGCACCACACUGCAGGAGUACCCGGCCAUCCGCUACCGCAAGGGCCCAGAGGUCACAGCACAGCUGGCCCACGCGGUCCUGGCCAAGCUGAAUGCCUUCAAGGCAGACAAUCCCAGUCUGGGUGAGAGCCCAGAAAAAACCCGGUCGCAGCUACUCAUCAUGGACCGGGGGGCGGACCCUGUGUCCCCGCUGCUGCAUGAGCUCACCUUCCAGGCCAUGGCCUAUGACCUGCUGAACAUCGAACAGGACACGUACAAGUACGAGACCACGGGGCUGAGCGAGGCCCGUGAGAAGGCGGUGUUGCUGGAUGAGGACGAUGACCUGUGGGUGGAGCUACGGCACAUGCACAUCGCAGACGUGUCCAAGAGGGUCACCGAGCUUCUUAAGACGUUCUGUGAGAGCAAGAGGCUGACCACCGACAAGGCCAACAUCAAAGACCUGUCCCACAUUCUGAAAAAGAUGCCGCAGUACCAGAAGGAGCUGAACAAGUAUUCCACACACCUGCAUUUAGCCGACGACUGCAUGAAGCACUUCAAGGGUUCGGUGGAGAAGCUGUGCGGUGUGGAGCAGGACUUGGCCAUGGGCUCAGACGCAGAGGGUGAGAAGAUCAAGGAUGCCAUGAAGCUGAUCGUGCCUGUGCUGCUGGAUACAGCGGUGCCAGCCUAUGACAAGAUCCGGGUCCUGUUGCUCUACAUCCUUCUACGGAACGGUGUGAGUGAGGAGAAUCUGGCCAAGCUGAUCCAGCAUGCCAACGUGCAGGCACACAGCGGCCUCAUCCGGAACCUGGAGCAGCUGGGGGGCACGGUCACCAAUCCUGGGGGCUGUGGGACCUCAAGCCGGCUAGAGCGGAGGGAGCGCUUGGAGCCCACCUAUCAGCUGUCCCGCUGGACCCCCGUCAUCAAGGAUGUGAUGGAGGAUGCCGUGGAGGACCGGCUGGACCAAAAGCUGUGGCCCUUUGUGUCCACCCCCGCCUCCACAUCCAGCUCCCAGGCUGCUGUCAGUGCCCGCUUUGGCCACUGGCACAAGAACAAGGCCAGUGUGGAGACGCGGGCAGGGCCCCGGCUCAUCAUCUAUGUCCUGGGCGGCGUGGCGAUGUCAGAGAUGAGGGCCGCCUAUGAGGUGACCAGGGCCACCGAUGGCAAGUGGGAGGUGCUCAUUGGUUCCUCGCACAUCCUCACCCCGACCCGCUUCCUGGAUGACCUCAAGACGCUGGACCAGAAGCUGGAGGACAUUGCCUUACCCUGACCUGUCUCCCUCCCUUCCCAGAGAAAUAAACUCCUCCCUUCUCUCUGCC